UCAGAGACGCUGCUUGAAAUAGAUUCUCAAUCCAUCUGUUUCAUUUAACAGCCGAAUUCGGUGUCUUUUUUUGUUGUUGCCGUGUGACGGAUCCUAUACGCUUCGUCCUGCCGGCUGCGCCCCGGUUCGCCCUUCAGCAUCAGCAAAAACAUGCAGGAUGAGCCUGUGGGGGUGACAAGCACGCAGUCCCCCCCGUCAACCGAGGAAAAGGACAGCAACAGCAGCACGGUCAGCAAACCGAACCAUACCGGCGACAACCACGACAGGAACUCAUUCACACCGGAUUACAACACGACAGCUUUUCCCGAUUUCGAUCGAGGUCGUUUUCGCCCGACGCAGUCUAUCUGUGACCUUCAGCACAGCCGAAAAAUACAUCAGCGGUUAAGUCAGCACACUGAGUUUAGCCCCGCUGAGUCGCACCCACCCCAGGGACAUUUCAGUCACCUGCCGCAGAGACAGCCCUUCUCCAAGCCCGGCUACAGCGCUCCUGCUGCUGCCGACGCCGCCGCUGCUGACCCCUGCGGCUCUCCAGCGGAAGAGGCUGAAGCCGAUGCUGCGUCGCCAUCGCCCACUUCCGUAAAUCCAAACAAGAUCCAAAUGGACUCCCCCAUCGCCCACCAUAUAAAUAACGGCAAUGGCAGCAGCAGCAGCACCGGCAACAUGUUGUCCGGAGGUCUCAGCGCCGCUUUCCCCAACCUCCCCACCCAGGAGAUGCAGAGCGCCAGCGGGGGUUCGUCUUCACCUUCCCUACCCGGGUUCGGCACCCCAUGGUCCGUCCAGACCAGCUCAUCGCCCCCUCCCGCACCCAACUCCAUCAACUCCAUCAACCCCAUCCACGCGAACGCCAUUAACCACAUACCCAACACAGACUCAGACAACAGCUUCUACCCAGGUAUCCCCUCCUCCAUCAACCCGGCCUUCUUCCAGAGUUUUUCGCCGGUGUCAGCUAAUCCGUGCGCCGGGAUUAAUGUGCAGGGCUUCAGCGGUCCUUUCUCGCCCCAGAUAAACGUCCCUCAGCAGCCACAGAGUCGCAGGUCUCCAGUCAGUCCCCAGAUGCAUCCCCAGCAGGGUGCCUUCCUGCAGCAGAGGAACAACUACAACCAACAUCAGCCCAUGGUGAAGCCGUCUCCCUGGGGCAGUCAUCAGGGGAACGGCUGGGGCUCCGGGGGGAUGUCCUGGGGCCGGGACCACCGCAGAGGGAGCGGCAUGGGCGUACAUGGCUCCGUCAGUCACGUCUCGCCCCUGAAGAAGCCCUUCUCCAGCAAUGUCAUCGCCCCUCCCAAGUUCCCUCGCUCCGGUGGAUCGCUGGGGCCUAAGUCCUGGAUAGAGGAGAACAUGUUUCGCACAGACAGCAACAGCAACACCUUGUUGCCCCUGCAGGAUCGCUCCAGGAUGUACGAGAGUCUGAACAUGCACUCGCUGGAGAGCUCCCUGAUUGACAUCAUGCGAGCUGAGCAGGAUCCAAUGAAAGGCCGUGUGGGAUGCCCUAACCCCGGGGCUGACGGCCUACUCAUGCUCAAUGCCAGGAGCUAUGGGAGACGUCGAGGCCGCUCCUCCCUCUUCCCAAUUGAUGACAAUCUCCUUGACGAUGGCCACGGCAACCAGGGUGUCCCAGGAGUCCUCGGCUCCCCCAACUGUUACCCCCACCAAAACGGGGAACGCAUCGAGCGUUUCUCCCGUAAGGUGUUCGUGGGAGGUUUGCCUCCCGACAUAGACGAAGAUGAAAUAACCUCAAGCUUCCGCCGCUUUGGUCACCUGGUGGUGGACUGGCCGCACAAAGCGGAGAGCAAAUCCUACUUUCCACCUAAAGGAUACGCCUUCCUGCUGUUCCAGGAGGAGAGCUCAGUGCAGGCUCUGAUUGAAGCCUGCAUGGAGGAGGAUGGGAAGCUCUACCUGUGUGUCUCCAGCCCCACCAUCAAAGACAAACCUGUGCAAAUUCGGCCUUGGAACCUGAGCGACAGCGAUUUUGUUAUGGACGGAUCUCAGCCUCUGGAUCCCCGCAAGACCAUCUUUGUGGGAGGCGUCCCUCGUCCUCUGAGAGCAAUUGAGUUGGCCAUGAUAAUGGAUCGCCUCUACGGUGGAGUCUGCUACGCAGGAAUUGACACCGAUCCAGAGCUCAAGUAUCCCAAAGGGGCGGGGCGAGUGGCCUUCUCCAAUCAGCAGAGUUACAUCGCAGCCAUCAGCGCAAGAUUUGUCCAGCUGCAGCAUGGAGACAUUGACAAGCGGGUGGAGGUGAAGCCCUACGUCCUGGAUGAUCAGCUGUGUGAUGAAUGCCAGGGUGCACGCUGCGGAGGGAAAUUUGCUCCGUUUUUCUGCGCUAAUGUCACCUGUCUGCAGUACUACUGUGAGUUCUGCUGGGCCAACAUCCACUCCCGCGCCGGACGAGAGUUUCACAAGCCCCUGGUAAAAGAGGGUGCCGACCGCCCGCGCCAGAUUCACUUCCGCUGGAACUAGAGAUGCGACCGCAGCCAUGGUGACACAGUCAGGGGGAAGGGAAAUGAAACGCUGGCUAAAAGGAAAAAGAGCAAUGCUCUGCCUCUCCUGCUCUCCUAAGCUAUCAGUAUAUUCGAGUACGUAACACUAUAUACUAUAUAUAUCUAUAUAUCUUUUGUAGCAGCCAAACACCACAAGCCUCAGUUUUUCACCAAAACCCCCCUCACAUCUCAGGCUCUGACAACUCUACAACUCUUUUGUGGUACUUUCAUCUUUUCUAA